AAUUUUCGUUUUAUUUUCAUGAAAAUAUUUAAAUAAAAAUAAAUUCAUUUUUCGAGAAUAAUCCAUUCGAUUGCUCGUGCACAAGUGCAAACAUUUGAAGAAAAAAAAUGUUGCAUACAACGAUAUGACAACUGGACAGUAUGCAGCCAUAAAUAUUCAGUAUGAACGUACGUCAAGUUUGAAGAGGUACGUGAGAAAUUAAGCGUACAGAUAUCAAAACAAAGAUCAUAAGAAAAAAAAGCUGAUAAGUUUCACCACAUUACGAUAAAGUAUUUGUUUUUGUUUACGACGUUCAACUCGGAUCAUCACAUUCGAAGAAAUUCGUCAUCCUAAUUUGUUGUGCGAUUGAUUGUUGUUUGUUGGGGCGGAGAAGAAGAAAAAUGUCGGUAUUAUUUGCUCGUGUGGUCAAACAGGCGCUCAUAACAUUCGAACGGGACAACUAUGCAGCGUUCAAGGCAAAUUUCAAUAUACUAAAGCAAUUAGUCGAUCAAUUGACGUCGAGCGAUCUGAAUAUACCAGCGGAAGUGUUGGGUUCGAACAGUUUUCAGCAUCCGUCAGCACGCGCUCCAGUCAAAUACAUCGAAAUACUCGAGCACAAAACGUUCACAAUGAGUGUCUUCAUAGUGACCAACAAGUAUACGAUGCCCCUGCACGAUCAUCCGGGCCAUGGUUUGCUACGUGUUAUAUCGGGAACGGCACGAAUUCAGAGUUACACACUCGAGCAUCCGCUACAGAAUACACCACACAUUUUAUCGGUCAUCGAAGAAGCACCAACGGAAUUCUCACCAAAGAGUGGGUGCUCCAUACUCACACCGACCACACGAAAUAUUCACGAAAUCACCGCCACCGGCAACAGUACAGCUGCAUUUUUCGACAUUCUCAGUCCGCCAUAUGAAUCGGAAAUUUCAUUGUAUGGACCAAAGAAAUGCUUAUUUUAUCGCAAAAUACCGUUCAAACCGAUGGCACCGACCGAUUCGCCAAAUCGAAACACCGGCCACAGUGCCACCGACGCAGAGGCUUCAGCUAAAUCAAAACAAAUUGCUUAUUUACAACAAAUUCGUGUACCCAACCACUAUUACUGUGAUAACAUUUACUAUAAUCCUCCCGAAUUUUUGACUAAUCUUAAUCUAUUGAAUUCACUUGACGAAGAAGCAACGUAGGAAAUCGAAUCGAAUCAAUUGAAUAGAAGAAGAAUUAAACACACAUACACACAAAUUGUACAUUCAUUUCAAAGUAGUUUAGCAAAUAUUUUAUUUUAUUCGAAAUACCGCAUUGAUUUUGAAAGAAAACAUAUAAAAAAACACCUAAGAACCGAUGGAUGUGUUCGAAAUACCUAAAUAACAAUUGCCUUUUUUUCUCUUAUUUUCUUUUUCUCUUCAAAUUUAGACUAAAUAAAUCAAUGUAAAAGUUUAAUUCAAACAAAAACAAAAUCACAAAAUUUCAUAAUAAAGCCUUUGACACCGAUA